GGGCAGGGUGACUACAAGUCCCAUGAGGCCGGGCGGUGCCGGGGGGCGCGGGGGAAGCACCGGGCGGGAGGUGCCGUGCCCGCCCCGCCCCGCGCCCCCCCGCGCCCCGCUCCGCCCCGCGCCGCGCCCGCCGCGCCGCUCCAGCAUGCACGGAGGAUGCUCGCGUCUUGCUCAGGCAGGAAGGGGCCGGAGGGCAGGUACCCGCUGCACUACCUCGUCUGGCACAACCGCGCCCGCGACCUGGACCGGGAGCUCAGCGCCAAGCAGGCCGACAUCGAGCAGCUGGACCCCCGAGGACGCACCCCACUACACCUGGCCACCACGCUGGGCCACCUCGAGUGCGCCAGGGUGCUGCUGAAGCAUGGCGCUGAUGUGGGCAAGGAGAACCGCAGUGGCUGGACAGUCCUGCAGGAGGCCGUGAGCACCCGCGACCUGGAGCUGGUGCAGCUGGUCCUGCGCUACCGCGACUACCAGAGAGCCAUCAAGCGCCUGGCCGGCAUCCCCAUCCUGCUGGAGAAGCUGCGCAAGGCCCAGGACUUCUACGUGGAGAUGAAGUGGGAGUUCACCAGCUGGGUGCCGCUGGUGUCCAAGAUCUGCCCCAGCGACACCUACAAGGUGUGGAAGAGUGGCCAGAACCUGCGGGUGGACACCACGCUGCUGGGCUUCGACCAUAUGACCUGGCAGCGGGGCAACCGCAGCUUCGUCUUUCGGGGCCAAGACACCAGCGCGGUGGUGAUGGAGAUCGACCACGACCGGCGGGUGGUCUACUCGGAGACGCUGGCCCUGGCCGGCCACGACCAGGAGGUGCUGCUGGCUGCUGUGCAGCCCACUGAGGAGCAGGUGAUGGGGCGGCUGACGGCCCCCGUCGUCACCACCCAGCUCGACACCAAGAACAUCGCCUUUGAGAGGAACAAGUCCGGGAUCCUGGGCUGGAGGAGCGAGAAGACAGAAAUGGUGAAUGGGUACGAGGCCAAGGUCUACGGUGCGUCCAAUGUGGAGCUGAUCACGCGGACGCGGACCGAGCACCUCUCGGACCAGCACAAGGGCAAGAGCAAAGGCAGUAAGACCCCGCUGCAGUCCUUCCUGGGCAUCGCUGAGCAGCACGUGGGGCCCAACAACGGGACACUGAUCACGCAGACGCUGAGCCACGCCAACCCCACCGCCAUCACCCCUGAGGAGUACUUCAACCCCAACUUCGAGCUCGGCAACCGGGACAUGGGGCGGCCCAUGGAGCUCACCACCAAGACACAGAAGUUCAAGGCGAAGCUGUGGCUGUGCGAGGACCACCCGCUGUCCCUCUGCGAGCAGGUUGCCCCCAUCAUCGACCUCAUGGCAAUAAGCAACGCGCUCUUCGCCAAACUGCGGGACUUCAUCACCCUGCGCCUCCCGCCCGGCUUCCCCGUCAAGAUCGAAAUCCCCAUCUUCCACAUCCUCAAUGCCCGCAUCACCUUCGGGAACCUGAACGGGUGCGACGAGCCCGUCAGCUCCCUGCGGCACAGCCCCAGCAGCGAGGCGCCCUCGCCCAGCAGCGACUCCUCCAGCGUCAGCAGCUCCAGCUCCCUGACCUCGUGCCGGGCAUGUGAGAUGGACCCGGCGCUGUUUGAGGUGCCGCGGGGGUACAGCGUGGUGGGCACCCACCAGGACGCCCUGCGGGAGGAUGAGGAUGACCUGCUGCAGUUCGCCAUCCAGCAGAGCCUGCUGGAAGCAGGCAGCGAGUACGACCAGGUCACCAUCUGGGAAGCGCUGACCAACAGCAAGCCGGGCACCCACCCCAUGUCGCACGAGGGCCGCCGAGGAGACAGGUUGGUAAGGUCCAGCCAGCCCCCCGGGGAGGAGCGGGAGCAGGUACCGGCCCUGCAGGGAACCCCCCUGAGGCCCUGCUGCCCCCCCCCCAGGACUCCCCAGCACACAGCGGCCCCCCGGCCUCCUGUCGCCCCGGCCCCGGGGGGCGGCGGGGGGCCCAGCGCCCUGUUCCCCAGCUACGCGGAGCAGCUGCGGCUGGCCAUGGCGCUGUCGGCGCGGGAGCAGGAGGAAGCCGAGCGCCGGACGCGCCAGGAGGAAGAGGAGCUGCAGCGGAUCCUGCAGCUCUCGCUGAUGGAGAAGUGACCCCGUGCCCCCGCUGAGCCCCCCCACCCCACCCCGAUGGGGACGGGGACACAGCCGGUGCCACGUAUGGGGGCACGGAGGGGGAGUGGGGUGGGAGGAGCGAGCCCAGGCACUGCAGGGGGCAAAUGGGGAGGGGGGUGCAGGAUUUGGACCUGGCGCGGGAGGGGGGGGACAUCAUCCCCGUAGCCAGGGUGGUACUGGGGUGUGGUGGGGAGGGACCCCACAGCAGGACGAGGCGGGGUGGGUCACAGCCCUGCAGCUGGGGUGGCAGGGACCAGGGGGAGCAACCCCAUGGGCUGUACCCCAUCCCUGGGACAGGCCUACCCCCUCCCAACUGCCCUAUGGGGUGCUGCUCGGCCCCUCGCCCCGGGAAGGCGGUGGGGGGCACAGCCUGCCCCAGACAGGGGAGCUGCCAGCCACGUGGGGUCCUGGGGUGCCCCCGGAGCUGUGGGGCUCUGCUCAGCCCCCUCAGCCCCACUGCCCAGGCGCUACCAAGUGCACUUACCCGGGAGCUGCUCUGCCUGCCAAUGGGCGGGGGGGGGGGGCUCAGCCCCAUUGCACCCCACAGCCAGCAUGGGGCUGCACAGCCACCUCACCCACCACCCUGGCGUGGGGGGCCACUGGGGCAGCCGGGGCGGUGCCUGCAAAAGGGUGCCCAGUGUCAGCCCGCCCCCCCCAAUCCCCUGCUCGCACCCCCUUGCCCUGAUCGGAUGCCCUCCCCCUUGGCAGCGCUGCACCCCCUCGUCCUGGGCGCUGACCCCAAGAGAAACCUUACGUCAAAUGGUGCUAACCCCCCGGCCCCCCCACCCCAGGCUGCUCGUCCUUUGCACAUGGGGGCCAGGGGCCGCAGGGGGCAGGGGCCGGGCUCACUCCCCCGGGACUUUUCGUAGCUGGCGUGUCCCCCGCUCCCUGCCACGCACCCCACAAGCGACGUCUGGGCCAGGGCUGGGGGAGCCCGAGCAGCUCCGACCGCGGCCAACACCAAUAAAUGCUCUUUAAUGUUUCUCUCUCUUGGCCU